AAUUAAUUAUGAAACAGUAAUCCUAACACUAAUCCUUUAGUAAGUUCAUUAAUAUCGUCAUUAUUUUGUGAGAUUUAGAAUUUUACAUGACAUCACCGGUUUUAUUAUCUAGAAGCAAGCGUUUGCUGUGUUACGCAAACUAACCACAAACCAGAUAAACGAACACAGAUAAACAGCGCAAAGGUCGAAAUUCUCUUUAUCAGCACGUGUUUAUGUUUUGAGAAACAGUCUCUAUACAUUUCUGUGCAUAGACGUCUUUUCAUUCCGCAGGUGGUACCUGUGUCAUCUUGACUGGAGAUAAUAAGGGCCCCUGACUGCAGCCAUGUCUGCUGAAGUGAUCAUCAAAGAUGUGUCCGUGGUGGCGGUCCGUGGUCCUGGCGAUGGCAUGGAGACGGACAAGCCUCCGGUGGCCCCUGAGCUCUCCGCAGAGGCUCCGCUCCUGAAGCUGGGUACUCCGAAGCACAGUCCAAGAGUGGUGGCAGCAGCGGUGCAGUCACCGGGAGUCUUGCACCUGGGGAAGGUGAGCAGAGACGCGUGUAUGGAGGUGGAGGCCAUGAGGAUCGUGGUUCCCCGGGCCGCUAUCAGCCGGAGCACUCAUGUGGGGCCUCACACUGAGGACAGAGGAUCCCCUCAGCAUGGGGAUGAGCGUCCACCAUCACCCUCCUCAGAGCCGCUGGACUACAGGAGCGCAUUGGACAAACUGCAGAACUCAGAGCGCCGUCUGCUGCAGGACAAAGAGGGGCUGUCCAACCAGCUCAGGGUCCAGACGGAGGUGAACCGUGAGCUGAAGAAGCUGCUGGUGGCAUCUGUAGGCGAUGAUCUGCAGUAUCACUUUGAGCGUCUCGCACGAGAGAACAACCACUUGAUCCUGGAGAACGAGGCGUUGGGACGGAGCCUGUCACACACGGCCGAGCAACUGGAGCGCAUGAGCAUUCAGUGUGACGUCUGGAGGAGCAAGUUCCUUGCCAGCCGUGUGAUGGCAGAGGAACUGACCAAUGCCAGAGCAGCUCUACUGCGGCAGACCAGAGACGCUCAGUGUGCCAUUCAGGAUCUGCUGCGAGAACGAGACGAGUUCUCCAGAGAAAUGAUGCACACACACAGGUCUCUGGAGCAGCUGCUGGUGUCUCUGCAGUGGGGUCGGCAGCAGACGUAUUAUCCCAGUGCUCAGCCACUCAGCACAGGAGAACUGGCCGCAGCCAAUCACAAGCUCGCAGAUGCCAUCAACUCACACCUGCUGGGAAACGUGGGCGGCAGCGGCGCCGUGAAGAAUAGCCCGAGAUCAGAGCUCUGCAACACACCGGCCGAGAAGAUGGCUGAGAAGGUGCUGCGGAGUUUAGACCCCAUAUCCUGCUCUGAGAAGGAGCCAGACCCGUCCACGUCUGACUCUGUUCAUUCCCCGUUCCUGCCCAGUAAGAAGAGCAUCGGCCGCUUCCACCCAUACACACGCUAUGAGAACAUCACCUUCAACUGCUGCGAGCGCUGUAACGGAGAGCUCAUCGUGCUCUAGACCAUCAUGACUCCAGAUCAACACGUGCACCUUCAGUCAGUAUUAUGAGCGUUUCCUUCCGUUUGUGCUUCACGCCUGUUCUCAUGAAAAUACCAAAGAAAAAUCUCACAAACUCCGCAGCAGAUGCAGCGAUGAAGCUUUGAUCUGCACAGAUGAUCUCACCGAUCGUCUCUGUAUGUGAUUUCCUGUGUUUAAACGUCAGGCUCAGUUGUGGAGGAUGGUGGCGCACACACUUGUUUGAGGUUUCUUAGACUGGACAGAUUGAUUUAAUGGAGUAAAUCUGUCAUCGGUUAUUCACCCUCCUCAUGUUUCACACCUGCAUGAUUAUAUUUAUUCACUCAAAAGUUUAAAAAAGUUUAAUAAGA